AUGAAUAAAUUAAUUAAACCUGAAUCAAGAGUUUAACGUAAUAUUAGAAUAGUUAUGACAAAUAUUAAGGAAGAACAAAAAUAAAAAGGUAUCCAUAUAUAUUGGAUUUUAAAAAGUUGUAAAAUAUUUCAGCCAUCUUAAGGAAGAGGGUGAAUUAGCAAAACCUAGAUAUGCUCAUUCAUAAUUUCCAUAGUAGAAAUUUUAUUAAACAGUUACAGAACCUAGUCUAAUUGAUUUUUAACUAGAAAAUCUAAAUUUAAAAGUUAGUAAAGUGGGAACUUUAGUGGAACCGAUGAUUCCAAUAGAAGAAAUUCCUCAGAAACCUAUAAUUAAGAAAUUUAAAGCAUUGAAACACCCAAUAUUCUUAACUGAAAAUGUAAUAAACCAGAUAAAAGCAGUCGAAAGACCAAGUGAAUUACCUAUGUCAAUAAAACGUAGUACAAAAUAAUAAAUGAUGAAUAAAGAAAUUCUUCAUCGUUUAGGAUUAUUAAGUGUUUAAGCUAAAAGAGAAUUACAAAUAGAAAAAUUAAGCAAUAGAGCUUUAAAGGUUUCUAAAAACAAAGGGACUUCUUCAUUAAAUACAAAAUAACUUGAAUCAAUAACUUAAUAAAUGUUAGAUAAUGAAAAGUAAGAGCAAAUAUAAUCAGCUUAAAGAUGUACUACCUCAGCAUCAGGUGCAUCUAGAAAAGCUUAUGAUUAUUAAGAUGAUUAUUUGGCUGAUUGUUUAACUGAAAGACUUAAUCUAGUAUACAGUGUUUAAACAUUUAAAAAUAGACCUUAGACAAGAUUAACAAAAAGAAAAAUUCAUAACUUUUUUAAAACAGUAACCAUGGUACAUUUAGAUAAUUUAGACGAAAUUAAGAAGGAUGAUCAAAAUAUUCAGAUUAAAAUUAAAUCUAUUAAAGAGAGUUUACAAUUAUGCAAGAGACGUUUACUUGAUUAUAACGAUGAAAUUGAAAUAGCUUUGACAGAAGAUAUUAAAGGGCAAGUUAUUGAAUAUAAAAACAUUAUUAAAAAUAAUAAAAAAUGA